CGUAUUGAUGUCUACAAUGCACAUCAAAUUAAAAAUUAAUAUCUCAGUUCGAUAUUAUAUUCUUUAUCCCGGUUCGGUCUAAUUUCUGAACCAAGCAUCCACAAAGCUAUGUAGAAAUGUGUUUCUAUCGUAAAAAAGAAGAAAUAAAGUUCGGUUAUUAGAAAUAUUUUUGCUGCGAAAGAACUAUUGGUUUUUUAAAAAUUAAUUCUUUGGUUUAAGGAAUUAUAUAUGUAAACAAUGUUAAAAACGUGUCCUGAUCCUGUUGAUGUCAAUGAUAUCCAAUUUAAAUUACAUUGCAGUCUGAAGAUAUUCGAGAAUCGCGAUGUAGAAACUUUUCAGAACAAUCACAGUUUAAUAUCCUGCGCUAGUCGUUAUAGUCUUUUAUUUGUAGGUUCAAACGGAGCGAACUUUAAAGUUAUACAUUUAAAGACAUUAGAAAAUUUUAGUCACAAAGAUAAAGAAAUAACGAACUACCCAAGAAGAAAUAUUUCUUUACCGUCUCCACCUAAACAUGUUUGUGUCAACUGUGACAGUACUAUACUAGCAGUGGUUGUACAAAGAGACAAUUGUCCUAUUGGUAUUUUUUACGAUGUCUUAUCGUUUUAUAAAAAUGAUAUAAGUAUUAUUAGAGAAGUAAGAUUAUCAGCUACACCUGGCAUUUACGUUACUGAAGUAAAUUGGAACCCAUCUUUACCGGGAAUGUUUACUGCAUGUAAAAGCGAUGGUUCACUUGGUAAUUAUGACUUUAAAGAUAAUACUGUAGAAAUUAAUGAACUUCCUGCAGCACAUCAAAGUACAAGUUUCUGUUGGAGUCCGAAGGGCAAACAACUUGCAGUUGGUUCUAAAAAUGGUCAUAUCACCCAGUUCAAACCUGAUUUGAAAGCAGUUAAAGUAAUCAACGCUCCCACUUUUGAAAUAGCUCAUUCUCUAAUUUCAUUAUGUUGGAUAUCAAAUUAUCAAUUUAUAGGAGUUUAUCAGUCUUCUGAAAAAGACGGACAGGCUAAAUUGAUUGUUAUAAAUGCACCCAAGACAGGAGAAACUAAUUAUAUUAACUAUGAAGAUGUUUGUUAUAGUGGAUCUGUUAGAAUGCCUCAGUUUUAUAUGAUUUUGCUACAACAUUGGAAUCUUUUAAUGAUAUCAUCGUCGAAUAGUAUGGAAUUAGGGUUACUAGGCGCCGUAUCUGAAAUAUGGACUCAAUGGAAUGUAUCUGAUUGCGCGCGUGCAGAAUUACCUUUAGGACCUGAUAAACAAGAAACGCUUCCGUUGGGUAUGGCGUUAGAUAUCAGUAACACAAAGCCUUUACCAUGGGGCGAAGGGACAUUACCACCAUGUCCUUAUUUAUUACUUUUAAGUCAUCAAGGAGUUAUUUAUUUUUAUAAUAUAAUUAAUUUGAAAGAGGGUAUCCCUACUAUCUGUUGCCCACCUGAUCCUAUUAUUGACAUUAGUGGCAUGGGUCAUUUUGUAAUGAGUGAUGGGUCAGAAAUUAAAGGAACAACUCCAGAGAACAAGUCGACGUUUUCCUUUCUACCUUCUCAACAGCCGCCAAUUAAAACCAACCAACCAACUACAAUUUCUUUGCCACAAACUAUUUCACAACCACCGAAAUCCACUUUUAUGUUUACAAGUCAGCCAGCUCCUAUAUUGAAUAUUCCACAACCUUCCACCCCAUCAAAUACCUCUGCAUUUAGUAAACCAGUGGACAACAAACCAUUUUUUGGAAGCCAAGUUACCCUGACACCCGUUAAACCUCAACCACAAAGUACUCUCACUUUCGGAAGUACUGUUAGUGUAACUCCUGUCAAUACCCAACCACAGGGUACCCAAUCAAACGAUAAGUACAGUUCAAUAUUCGCUGCAUUAAAAACUCCAACACCGGUAGCAGAUGCCAAACCAAUUCUUGUAUCUACAAAAACUGAACCUCAAUCUCCACAAACUCCAAAAAUUGUUACACCUGAGAUACAAACACCAGAAACGCCUAAAUCAGAAGCUUCAAAAGUUGUAGAUCCCAAAUUGGUUAUAGAUGAAAAAGUAAAGGGUGAAACACAAGCCUUAUUUGCUAAAAUGGUAAAAGACGAAUGUAUCUGCUUAGAGUCGGAAUUAAAAGCUAUUCUACAUCAAGGAAGGAGUAUCGAUAUAAAUAUUGGUACCAAUGAGGAAAAAGUUAUGAUAUUGAAAGAGAUACAAGAUUUUCAAGAUUUUAUUAAAGAAAUUGUUGAUGUAAGUUUAGGAGAAAGCGCAGAGAUACAUUCACUAAAACAAAAUUUGAUUUUAUCCUGGGCUUGGUACGAAGAAGCGCUGUCCAGAUUCACUGCAUCUAAAGACGAAACGAAGGGUAGAAUUUUAAAAAGCCAACCACUCGAUUCUGCAACUGAAAAAAGGCGAUCCGAUAUUCAAAAAAUAAUUUAUUAUUUGGAUUCCCAAUUAAGUCAAGCGAGUAGAGCUUUAGAUGAACAGUGGGAUAAGUUUCAGGAUUACACGAAGAAAACACAUCAAGUUCAGAUGCCAACUAUGGAGGCUAUUUUUCAAGCUAUGGUGAGACAGAAUGCCAUCUUAAAGAAACAGAGCUACAUUUUGAAAGAUAUAAGUGGUCGUCUCAAACAAAGAAAGGUAUCGGGCAGCUCUCCUCCGUUGUUUGUUGGAUUAAAUAUAAACCGAAUAGAAGAAGAUCUUAAGCGACUCCAAAUAGACCCUGAAAGUAACCAUCGAAUUAUUUAUGAACAGACUAGAGAACGACAGAAAAAGUUAUCCUCUUCAAAAAUGAAUAAACUCAAAGAUUUCCUUAAAAACAGGGAGAUUUCCCAUGUAACAGCCAUAAAACCUUCGUUUAAUCAUUCUAGAAUUAAAACUCCAGUCGGUAAAAACAAACAUAUGAUUUCGAUAUUAGGAGCUCAGAUGUCGCCUGUAGCAAAACCUGCUGUUGUUAAAAAUCUACAGUUUUCCGAAUCUACACCUUUGAAACCGUCACAAGACAUAAGGCCUACUACUGUACCUCCAAAUACACCAGCCCAACAAGAUCUUUCAAAAUCUUUCACUUUUAAAAGUCUUGACAAAAAUAUCGCACCUCCUUCUACUGGUACAUUUCAACCGCUAUCCAAAAGUGCUUCUACUUUGAGUAAUUUAAACCAAGUUCCGAUCUCUUCAGCUUUUGUACCAACAACUCAAGCAUCAAAAAAUUUUGUUUUGCCUCCAGUCUCACCAGCAGUUUCCAUUUUCUCCCCCGCUGUAACAGGGUCUCCGACAUGGUCGUCUGGUAUUCAUUUAACACAAUUUAGUCUUGGUAAUACUGUUGGUACCACACAGACUUCUACAAAACCAGUUUUUAGCUUCGAUACCAAAUCAACUUCUGAUAUCCCUGUUAAAACUGAAGGAAUUUCAACUUCUUUCUCAUUUGGAAAAUCAUCUGGUGCUGCUACCACUAAUGUUGUUUUAAAACCUAUAGUUACACUGUCCAAGGUACCUGAAACGUCUGUUUCUAUCCUACCUACAUCCCAAUCUUUAUUUUCAUUUGGAAAAAGUACAACUGAUAUACCAAAAACUACAAUGUCAUCUCAAACAACUGCUACAGUAACUGUUACUAAACCAAUAUUGGUAGCAUCCUCCAAGGCGACUAAUUUUACAUUUGGAACUCCACAUUCAACUUCUGCUUCUAGUAUUGUAAAACCAGUUGGUAUUGCAACGACAUCCACCACUACAGCUGCUAAGAGUACAUCUUUGCCUAAUUUUGGAGCUCUAACAAUAACUUCAACAGCAGUGACUACACAAACUACCUCCCUGUUUGGUUCUAUUAGUUCAUCUUCAGUUGCAAGCUCAUUGUUUGCACCUAAAUCUACAUUAGCACCUGCCAGUACUGCUUCGUUAAUUGAACCUAAAGCUUCUGUAACGGUUGAUACUACAAGUCCAGCAACAGUUGAAUCAAGUACCAGUUCAAUAAAUACAAUUAAAAAUAUCCCAGAUUCUAAUUCGGAAAAUUCAACCUCUACUAUGAAAACUACAUUCACUCCGACAACUACUAGUUUGUCUAUAACACCAGUAACCGUUAGUCCUAGUACUAGUUCUUUUAUGUUUGGAUCUAGUACCGGGUCCAUUUUUUCUUCUGCUUCAACUACAUCCACAUCUAAAUCUAUAUUUGGUGCCCCCAUAUCUAGUACCACUCCAUCUAUAUUUGGUGCCCCAGUAUGUAGUACCACUACAUCAAUAUUUUCUCCACCAAAAUCUUCUUCAAGUGCAAAUAUACUAUCAACAAAAACGUCUGUUUUUACUAUAAAUUCAUCGUCUAAUAUAAUAUCGACGGUAUCUUCUCCAGCAACUUCCGCUGAUUCUACAAAUAUUAUCACUUCUACCACACCGACUACUGUUAACACUUCUACUGUAAUUAGUGAAGUUAUCAUUUCCACUACUAAACAAGAACCAGCUGUUACUACACAAGCCCUUCCGUUUGAUAAUAAGGUAGUUACAACACAAAUUUCGAGUCCCACGACUACUACACAAGGUACUAUAUUUGGUAACGUAUCCACUACAACGCAGGCUCCUAUAUUUAGUAGUACCGUCACUACUACACAGUCUUCUGUAUUCAGUAGUCCAGCUGUAACUACUUCUGUUUCAAUCUUAGGAACACCUACGAUGCAAACUCCUAUUUUUGGAGGUGCUACAACAUCUGACCCCACCAAAGGAUUUAUAUUUAGUAAUUCUUCACCAACUACUGUAUCUGCUAUAUUCGGAACCCCUGUAACAAGUACUUCAGUAUUUGGUAAAUCUACCGCGCCUUCAAAUUUCUCCACGCCCGUUUCAAGCCAGUCUUCUAUUUUCGGUACUCCAACAACCAGCCAAUCUUCUAUAUUUGGUCAACCUACAUCUACUCAAGCUACUGGAUUUGGUUCUCCAGCCUCAUCGGCUUCUAUUUUUGGUGGCACUGCUCCUUCUACACAAGCGACAGUUUUUGGUAAUAGUUCUACAACUUCUCAAUCCAUAUUCGGAGCCCCUUCUGCUUCUUCAGGAUCUAUCUUCAGUAGUACUCAAAACUCUGCGUUUGGCGCUGCUACCACUCAAAGUUCAAUAUUUGGAUCGCCAGCUCCUGUUGUAACUUCAGCGUCAAUAUUCGGAGCUCCGAGUACCACAUCUGUAUUUGGUCAAUCAUCCAAUUCCAUAUUUGGUUCUACAACGUUUGGUUCAACCCCAACGACAACUGCUUUUGGUCAACCGGCAACGUUUGGUUCCGCCCCAACGACAACUGCUUUUGGUCAACCGGCAACAUUUGGUUCUACCCCAACGACAACUGCUUUUGGUCAACCGUCAACGUUUGGUUCUACCCCAACUACAACUGCUUUUGGUCAACCGGCAACGUUUGGUUCUACACCAACUACAACAACUGCUUUUGGCCAAUCGGCAACGUUUGGUUCCAAUUCCGGUUCAAUAUUCAAUACCACUACAACUUCAAACAGUAUUUUUGGCUCGGGAGGAACAGCAUUUGGCGCUCCAAGUACAUCUAGUAAUAGUUUUGGUUCGGCAUCAAGUAACGCGUUUAGUUUUGCACAAGCGGCAAACAGUAAUCUUGGUUUUGGAGGAUUAAAUGUUGGUGGUACCCCAUCAACAACCAAUAGUAUAUUUGGUGGUAGUUCAACAUUCGGUCAGGCGCAACAAAAUCCUUUUAGCAGACCGUCGACUUUUCAAACUCCUACAACUGCUACCGCAUCCAUAUUUGGUAGUUCUACUGGUAGCAUAUUUGGAAGUAACACACAAAGUACUUUCGGAUCAUCUUCGUUUGGGACUUCUGGUGGGUUCGGUCAACAAACUACUUUCGGACAAAGUGCUUUUGGACAACAAUCGACGUUUGGAAGUCCACAAGCCGGAAACUUCAGUAGUGGCGGUAGCGGAGUCGUACAAACCGGCUUUGGCUCGCCAGGAAGUUUCCAAAAACCUGGAGGUUUCGGGGCCCCGCCUGUUUUUGGAGGAUCCGCACAACCUGCGUUUGGAGCUAGUCCCACUUUUGGAGGAGCCUCAACCUUUGGAGGCGCACCUACAUUUGGAAGUCCUCCGAAAGUUUUUGGAUCUAACACACCAACAGCUUCAUUUGGAAGUACCGAUAAUACCAAUACUGGUUUUGGAAAUUUGGCAAAUCAGAAUACUGUAGGAUUCGGGAGUUUAGCUCAGCAAACGGCGACGCCAACAUCGUUGCCUUUUUCUGGUAAUUCAUCGUUUUCAACUUGGAGAUAAACAUGUAAAUCUACAAAGAUGGCAAUAGUAUGAUAUAAAUUGAAAAGAAUUUUUGUUUUUGUAACCUAUUUUAUUAAAUAUGUUUAUUCUUAAAAA